AUGUCUGAAGCCGUUGAAAAGAAAGUUGAAGAAACUGUCCAACCUCAAGUUGAAAAUGCUCAAACUGAAGCUAAAGAUUUAGGUGACAAAGUUCAGGAAUCCGCUGAAAACUUGAAAGAACAAGCUACUGAAGCUGCUGAAGAUGCUCAAAAGAAAGUCACUGAUUCAGCUGAGGAUGUCAAAGAAGAAGCUUCAAAGAAAGUUGAUGAAGUUAAAAAAUCAGCCACUACUGAUAAAGAAGGUGAAGCCGCUACUGAAAAGAAAUCUUUCUUCAAAAAAUUUACCGCCAAAUUAAAAUCAAUUGUUUCAUCAAUUAACUAG